ACCAGUCGGCUCUCUUCCCCUCCCCUCCCUCCCCUCUCCCCUCUCCCCCUCCUCCUCAGCCUCCGACUGCGAGACGCCAAGAUGGAGCCGGAGGACCUACCUUGGCCCGGCGAGCUCGAGGAGGAGGAGGAGGAGAAGGAGGAGGAGGAGGAGGCAAAAAAGGAGGAGGAGGAGGUGAAAAGCUUGGAUGAAGACGAGGAGGUGAAGAGCUUGGAUGAGGACGAGGAGGUGAAGAGCUUGGAUGAGGACGAGGUGGUGAUGGUGGAGGACGUGGAGGACGAGGAGCCGCGGGAACUGGACACGGACUUCAACUACGAGAGCCAGCCGGAGGACAGUUCCGACGACUACGAGGAGGACGACGAGGCCAAGGCCUUGCGCAGGCGCACCCCAGCGGGACAAAAUAAUACAGUUGUUCCAUUGACCAGUCAUGUAUGGCAACAGUCAUCAUCUCAAGAAAAUAGUAGAACACAGAUUUCUGAUUCUAAUGUGGCCUCUUCGGAAGAAACAGCUCAGAAGGGUUCUGGGGAUGAUCAGAGAACAGAAUCUUGGCAUUUUCUUCCUCAAGAAAUCGACUCUUCCCACACCUCGGAUACAUCUCAGACCAGGUUUAAUGUGAGAGAGGAAGAGACAGAUGCGGCAGACUUCCUCUCUGUGGAGGAGGGUGUAUUGACCCAAUCAGAAAAUCAAGUAAAGAAACACAACAGAGGUCUCUUUUGUUCUCCAUUGCUAGUCAUACAAGACAACUUUGCUUCUCCUGAUUUGCCUUUGCUGACAUGUUUGACACAAGACCAAGAGAUUGGGCCUGAUUCCAUAUUUCACCAGAGUGGACUAGAUUUUGCACCUCUGAGGGGAAUUCCUGGUAAGUCCGAAGACAUUGAAGGGUUUUCGCGACCGGCGGAAGUUAGUGAAGCUUUAUUCCAGGCAACCUCAGAAGUAGCUUCAGACUUAGUUAACAGUCGCUUUAAUGUAUCUCAGCACACACUUACAGGGAGUACAGAUGUUGAGUCUCAGGGCUCUUUUUUACAUCCUGAGCAAGAAACCAAAGAAGCGACUGUUUUAACCUAUACAGUUGAUGAACUGAAAAAGCCCAAAGACUCUGAUAGUUAUGGUGCUCUUUGUUCAUAUAUGUCAUGGAAGAUACAAGAAGUUACACAGAAGCCAGAAACCAAUUUAGCUGAUAAAGAUCAAUUUUCUUUUUCAACUUCAUCUGAUACAGAGAAGGCAGGAUCUUCAAACAUUAUUUACCCAUUGGAAGUAUCUACUUCAGAUUCUUUGUUUUCGCAAGAUUUAAAGCAGCAAACCUUUGAAGAAGUUGCAGAUUCCUCAAACGAUAUUUUGGAGGGCCUGCAGAGGAAGGCUGAAUCUGACAUCUAUUCUCUGGGUGAUGAUAUUGAAUGCUGUAGCCUAGAUGAAAAUGCUGUUGUAUGCAGUGAAAGAUCUACUGAACUACAAAGAGAGAUAUGUGACCAAGGUGACUUGACUGGGAAGUGCAUUGAGCUAGCAGAUUUAGAAAAUAUGCUUGAUGAUCUAGAAAUUUGUGAUGUCUCCCUGCCUUGGCAAUCUGCUUUACAACUACCAUCGGAGGAAGAGCCUGACAUUAGUCGGUCUUUUUCAUCUGUAUUGCCUCCAUUUGUUCCUCAUGAACCAACCAGAGAGUUGGAGUAUCACUCUUCAGAUCUCAGGAUGUUGAGGGUAUCUCCUGAGAUUAUGCCAAAGACCCUCAAACAUUUACCAGGAGAUAUUUCUAAAGGAGGCAUAAGUGAAAUUACCCAAUCCAACUUGAAAGCCGACAUCACUACCACUUCUGGAGAUUCAGGCAUUGGAUCUCAUUUACCCUUGUCUUCUGAGGACUUUUCUCAGUUGGCUGUAAGAUCUUCUGUGGAGAAUACUAUUGGUAUACAUACUAAUACUCUCAACCAACAGAGAUUGGCAAAUGGUCAUGUAACUGAAGAGACUCUACAAGCCUUAGCUGUUCCAAAACUAGCUGACCAGCAGGCUGGAAUUUCAACAGUGCCCUUUAGUUCCUACUCACAAAGAGAGAAGCCCAAUAUUUUCUACCCACAGGCCUUGAGAGACAGUCAUCAAAUCGAAGAGGCUCUAAGAGUUUCAGCUGUUAUUGGAUCUGUUGACCAGAAGAGCGAGAAAACAACAGUACCUUCUAGUUCCUAUACACAUAGAGAGAAGCACAAUGUUUUUUCUCAGCCACUGCUGCCAGAUAGUCUUCCUACUGAACAGGCUCUGAACGGUCCAUUUGUUCCUGGACCAGCUGAUCAAGUGACUGUGAUACCAACAGUGUCCUCUACUUUAUACUCACAUGGAGAGGAGCCCUAUAUUUUCUAUCAGCAGACGUUGCCCGAGAGUUCUCUAACUGAACAGUCUCAACAAGCGGCUGCCAUCUCUGGAUUUGCUGGCCAGAAGACUGGGAUACCAACAGGAACCUCAACUUCUUACUCACACAGAGAGAAGCCCCAUAUUUUCUAUCAACAGACAUUUCCAGAAAAUCAUCUAACUGAGCAGGCUGUGAAAGUUUCUGUUGCUCCUGGAUCCACAGAGCAGAAAACAGGCAUACCAAUAGUAUCCUCUGCUUACUCACAUAGAGAGAAGCCCAGUAUUUUCUACCAGCAAGAGUUGCCAGUCAGUCAUCCAACUGAACAGUCUCAACAAGCUGCAACUCUCUCUGGAUUUGCUGACCACAAGACUGGAACCUCAACUUCUUACUCACAUGGAGAGAAGCCCCAUAUUUUGUACCAACAGACUUUGCCAGAGAGCCAGCUAACUGAGCAGUCUCAACAAGCUGCAGCUGUUUAUAGAUUUGCUGACCAGAAGGCUAGGAUACCAACAGGAACCUCUACUUAUUCACAUGGAGAGACCAGUUUUUUCUAUCAGCAGAGGUUGCCAGACAAUCAACUAACUGAACAGGCUCAGAAAAUUUCAUCUAUUCCUGGACAAACUGACCAGAACACUGGGAUACAAACAGGACCAUCUAGUGCCUACUCACAUAGAGAGAAACCCAUCAUUUUUUACCAGCAGGAGUUUCCAGAUAGUAAUCUCACUGAAGAGGCUCUAAAAGUUUCAUCUGUUCCAGGACCAGGUGAGCAGAACACUGGGAUACCACCAGGUUCCUCUGGGUUCUACUCAUUUGAAGAGAAGUCCAGUACUUUCUACCAACAGGCAUUAGCAGAUAGUCAUCCGACUGAAGAGGCCCUGAAAGUUUCCACCAUUUCUGGACUAUCUGACCAGAAGCCUGGGAUACAGACAUUACCCUCUACUUCCUAUCCACAUAGAGAGAAGCAUAUUAUUAUCUCACCACAGGCUUUGACAGAUAGUCACCUACUUGAAGAGGCUCUGAAAGUUUCAACUGUUUCCAGACCAGCUGACCAGAAAACUGGGUUGCCAUCAGAACCUCCUACUUCCUACUCACAUAGAGAAAAGCCCAUUUUCUACCCACAGGGCUUGACAGAGAGUCAUUUGUUUGAAGAGGCUCUGAAAGUUUCAGCUGUUUCUGGACCAGCUGACCAGAAGACUGGGUUGCCAUCAGAACCCCCUACUUCCUACUCACAUAGAGAAAAACCCAUUUUCUACCAACAAGGGUUGUCAGAUAGUCAUCUAACUGAAAAGGCUCUGAAAGUCUCAGCUGUUCCUGAAACAGGUGAUCAGAAGCCUGGGAUAACAACAGUACCUCCAAGUUCCUAUUCACCUGGAGGGAAGUCCAUUAUUUUUUACCAACAGGCCUUACCAGACAGACAUCUCACAGAAGAGGCUCUGAAUGUUUCUACUUCUGGACCAGCUGACCAGAAGACUGGGUUACCUACAGUAUCCUCUACUUCCUACUCUCAUAGAGAGAAGCCCAUCAUUUCUUACCAGCAAGAUCUUACUAAAGAGGCUUUAGAAAUUUUAGGGGUUUCUGGACCAGCUGAGCAGAAAACUGGGAUACCAGUAGUAACUUCUAUUUCCUACUCUCCUGGAGAGAAGCCUAUCAUUUCUUAUCAGCAAGAAUUGCCAGAUCAUAAUGAAGAGGCUUCAAAACUUUUAGCAAUUCCUGGAUCAGUUGACCAGAAGACUGGUGUACCAACUGUGCCCUCUUCCUACUCAUCUAGAGAGGGCCCCAUCAUUUCUUACCAGGAGUUGCCAGAUAUUACUGAAAAAACUUUGGAAGUUUCAGCUGUUCCUGGACCAACUGACCAGAAGACUGGGAUAGGAAUAAUCCCCUCAGGUUCCCCCUCAUAUAGAGAGAAGGGCAAUGUUUUUUACCAGCAGAAGUUGCCAGAUGUUACUGAAGAAGCUUUAAAAGUUUUUGCUCUUCCUGGACCAGUUGACCAGAAGACUGAGAUACCAGAAGGAUCUUCUAGUUCUUAUUCACAUAAAGAAAAACCCAGGAUUUCAACUGUGAUUUUACCGGAUGACCAGAAAACUGAGUUUCCAACAGCUCCCCUCAUUUCUUAUGCACAGAUAGAGAAACCCAAGAAUUUAGCUGUGAUUGAACCAAACAGCCAGCAGACUCCGGUACUGACAGUUUUUCAUAAUUCUUACUCUCAGAGAGUAACGCCCAAUAUUUUCUUUAAACAGCAUUUGCCAACUAGACAACAUAGUGAAGAUAUUCAGAAGAUCUCAUCUGUUCCUGAAUCAACUGAUGUGAAUUCUAGGGUACCAAUACCUCUUCCUAGUUCCUAUUCACACAGAGAAAAAUCUAAUAUUGUCUGUCCGCAGGAAUUGUCAGACAAACGUCUAACUGAAGAUGUACUGACAGUAUCAACAAUUCCUAAACCAGCAGACCAAAAAACUGUGUUACCAACAGCUCCUCCUCAUUUUUUUUCACACAGAGAAAAACAAAAUAAAUUCUGUGAGCAGAAUUUGCCAGAUAGACAUCUAACUAAAGAUGCUCUAAAGUUCUCAAGUGGUCUUAGGCAAGCUGAUCAGAUUACUGGGUUAUCAGCAGUUUACCCUGAUACUUAUUCACAUAGUGAGAAGCACAAGUUUCUUUCAGACCAUGUCGAAAGGCCAAAAGAUCAUUUGGAUUCUUCUAACUCUAGUAUUAUCUCAAACACUAUGCCCUUAAAUUCUCAAGCUGAUGGUAGAGUUGUAAUAAAUAAGCCAGAACCUUCAGGUUUUGAAGAUAUUGGCUCUGAGGAAUUCCAGGGUACAGAUAAUGGUUCUAAAACUCUUAAAGAGAUUCGGACACUUUUAAUGGAGGCAGAAAAUAUAGCACUGAAACGAUGCAAUUUUCCUGCUCCCCUUGUGCCAUUCAGAGAUGUUAAUGACAUUUCAUUUAUUCAAUCUAAGAAGGUUGUUUGCUUCAAAGAACCCCCUACAACUGAUAAAUCUAACAUUGAUUUGCCUCAGAGACAGUCAUUCACAAAAGAGAAUCCAAACAAGUACCUACAGAAGGAUAUUAGUACACAGACAAAUCUGAAAUGCCAGGGAGACAUUGAAAAUUGGGAGUUUGUUAGUUCAACUACAGUUAGAAGUCCUCUACAGGAAGCAGAAAUCAAAGCCAGAAUGGCAUUAGAUGAAACUCUUAGGCAAUAUAAAGCAGCCAGACCUGUAAUGAGAUCUGAACCUGAAGGGUGUAGUGGAACCCUUGGGAAUAAAAUUCUUAUCCCUAUGAUGACUAUCAUAAAAAGUGAUUCAAGUAGUGAUGCAAGUUCCUGCUCAUGGGACAGUAAUUCCUUUGAAUCAGUUUCUGAUGUUCUUCUAAACUUGUUUCCAUGUACUUCACCAAAGACAAGUAUGACAGAUAGUAGAGAGGAAGAGUGUGUGUCAGAGAGUGAUGAAGGGCGUGGUAGUAGUGUGGAUUCACUGGCUGCACACGUGAAAAACCUUCUGAAAUGUGAAUCCUCAUUGAAUCAUGCUAAACAAAUUCUCAGAAAUGCAGAGGAAGAGGAAUGCCGGGUACGAGCACGAGCCUGGAAUCUGAAGUUUAAUAUGGCUCGUGAGUGUGGCUACUCCAUUUCAGAAUUAAAUGAAGAUGACAGGAGAAAAGUAGAAGAGAUCAAAGCAAAGUUGUUUGGCCAUGAGAGAACUGACUUGUCCAAGGGUUUACGGAGUCCACAGGGAAUAAGAUGCCAUCCAGAAGCUGUCUGUGGUCAUAUUAUUAUUGAGAGCCAUGAAAAAGGAUGUUACAGGACUCUAACUCCUAAACAAUCACAGUUGGACAGCCAUCCUUGUAUCUUCAGAUCACCUGAACCCUUAGAAAUUAUCAGAGGACACCGGAGCCCGUCAUCAUGGAGAAGCAGGCACAUCAACCUUUCCAAAUCACUAGACCAGAGCAACACCCGUUUCAAAGUUUGGAAUUCCUUGCAGUUACAAAGUCGUUCCCCAAUUCAGAACUUUACAACUGAUGACUUCAAAAUUAGCAAGGGUUUUCGAAUGCCAUUUCGUGAAAAUAUGGACCCUUGGCUGUCAGAAUUAGUAGAACCUACUUAUGUGCUACCUGAAGAAAUGGAUUGUCAUUCUUCAUCACAAAUGCUGUCCCCAGAAUCCAUGAAAAAGUUUACUACCUCCAUCACUUUUUCAUCUCACCGACAUUCUAAAUGCUUUUCAGAUUCCUCUGUUCUUAAGGUUGGUGUUACUGAAGAUAGCCAGUAUACUAGAGCAUCUGUAUCCAAAUUCUCCACCCAUCCCCCUCCUCCUCCUCCUCCUUCACAUCAGCAUUAUGUAGCUCCAAAUCUUCCUUGUCACAUUUUUCUUGAAAACCGAGAACUCUUUGAACAAAGCAAAACCCCACAGGUAGAUCAUCAGAUGAGAAUAAACUACUCUCCCCUUCCUCAAGGUCAGAGUUAUAUAGCUCCAGACCUUCCUUCUUCUAUAUUUCUUGAACAGCGUCAGCUCUUUGAACAAAGCAGGGGCCCUGAUAUAGAUCACCAAAUGAGAAAACAAUAUUCCCCCCUUCCUCAAGGUCAGGAUUAUGUAGUAGAAAACAAGGAUCAACAAGAGCCUAAAUCAUACAUUUCUAAUAUAAAAGUUGAAACUAAUAAAAUCAAUGAUGUGGUCUCCCAAUCAUCGCCAAAUCAAUGUACAUUAGGAACAUCUCCAUCUACUCUACCUUCGAACAAAAAGAUACUUUCUUUGGUUCGUAUAACUCUUUCUCCCAAGACUUCCUCCAAGUUGGAUAGUGGAACCUUAGAUAAAAGGUUUCUUUCAUUGGAUUCGGCUUCUAAAACAAGGAUGAAUAGUGAGUUUAACUCUGACCUACAAACUAUAUCUUCAAGAUCAUUGCAACCAACCUCCAAAUUACUGACCGGUAAACUUAUAGUACAUGAUCAAGAAUCUUUAGGUUCUCUAGGACCUAAAUCUUCACCGGACUUUCAAGUCAUACAGUCUCUUCCAGAUAGUAAUAUUAUUUCUCAGGACUUGAAAACCAUACCUUUUCAGAAUAGCCAGAUAGUAACCUCAAAGCAAACACAAGUGAACUUUUCAGAUUUGGAAGAAUAUUCCAAUCCAGAAAGGACUCCAGUAUCUGCAGAUCGAUCACUGGGGAAGGUUAAGAUUCCACUUUCUGCCUCCUCUAGAAAAUUAUUAUCUGAUGCAGUCACUCAGAUCACAACAGAAAGUCCUGGAAAAGCUAUGUUUUCAUCUCAAAUUUUUAUUAAUGCUGACGAUGGUGAACGUGAAAUUCCAGAGCCUAGUUCCCAGAAGCUGGGCAAAGCUCCUAACAAGUUUGCUUCAUCAUCUUCAGUCCAACAGAUUGUUGUUCCUCGUGACACUAACGGAGCUCAGCCUUCACUGUUGCCAUAUAAGCCUUCUGGUAGUACGAAGAUGUACUAUGUUCCACAAUUAAGUCAAAGUCCUUCAUCUAUGGAUUCCAAAUCGAAGAGGACCCAUGUUCCACAAUUAGGUCAAAUUCCUUCACCUAUGGAUUCCAAAUCAGACACCACCGUUGAGAGCUCACACUCAGGAUCCAAUGAUGCCAUUGCUCCAGAUUUCCCAGCUCAGGUGCUAGGCACAAGAGAUGAUGACCUGAAAUUCUCUGUUCAUAUUAAACAUAAAGAGGGGAUCUAUAGUAAGAGGGCAGUAACUAAACCAUCCUCAUCAAAGGAAAAAAAAAACAUUCAGAAAGAUAAUGCAGAUGUUCAAGUUCUUAUCACUGGAAAUGAGAACCACUCAGAUAAAAAACAGAAAAAAAAGAUCUACACUAAAAAGUCAGUGACUAAGCCUGCCCAACCUGAAAAAAUAGAGUUCUUGCAGAAAGACACUGGAGAUUCCAUUGAUGCUGUUGCUGCAGAGCUCGCAGCUCAACUACAAGACACAAAGAUUGAAAGCCGACCAGACACUAAAGCCAUUAAGCAGAAAGAGGCGAUCCCUAGGAAGAGGACAUUUCCUAAGGAAGCCUGCUCAGAAAAUAAGGAAUCCUUGCAGAUAGAUAUUGAAGAGUCCAGUUCGGAAUUUGAAAAUACUACCCAUUCUGUGUUCAGGACAGCCAAGUUUUACUUUCAUCAUCCAGUGCACCUACCAAGUGAUCGAGAUUUUUGCCAUGAAUCCUUAGGGAGAAGUGUUUUCAUGGGGCAUCCUUGGAAAGAUUUCUUCCAGCAUCAUCCAGACAAAGACCAUAUUAGUCUUCCUUCCUCUUAUCAAACUGAGGAAAAGACAGAAUGUACUAGAAUAGAGAGCCUCCAUAUCAAUGUAAACUUGGGAAACAAAGAAAUGAUACAGUCUACUAAAAGUCAGGCUGGAGAUUAUACAAAAUGUGACAAACAGAUUAAUGAUCAAAAAAAGAAUCGUAAGGUCACCCCAGAGCCCACAACUCAGCACAUUACAAGUUUGAAUGAACUCUGGAACAAGUAUCAGGAGCGACAGAAGCAACAAAAAUCUCACGAGUUCAGGGGUGGAAAAGAACUAUCCUUGGUGGAGCGACUUGAUCGUUUGGCUAAACUUCUUCAGAAUCCUAUCACACAUUCUCUUUGGCCCUCAGAAAGUACACAGGAUGAUAGCAGAGGGCAGCGAGAUACUAAGGAAUGGAAUGGUAGACAGCAACAGAGAAACAAGCUUCAGAAAAAGAAGCGGUAUAAAAGUGUGGGGAAAUGCCAUAAAAACAUAGAUCUUAAAAACAAGGUGCUUUCUACUCAUCAAGCUGGAAGGUCCAAUCAGAUUAAAAUUGAACAGCUUAAAUUUGAUAAAUAUAUCCUGAGAAAACAGCCAAAUUUUUGUUAUAUAAACAAUACUUCUUCAGAUUCUAGACCCUCAGAGGAGAGUGAGCUGCUCACAGAUCCUGCCAUUUCCACCACAACUUCUCCUGUGGAAUCAGAUAUAUUGACCCAAACAGAUAAAGAAGUGACUUUGCAUGAAAGGAGCAGCUCUCUUUCCACCAUUGACACUGCCCGAUUGAUCCAGGCUUUUGGCCAUGAAAGAGUUUGUCUGUCACCCAGGAGAGUUAAAUUAUACAGCAGUAUCACUGACCAUCAGAGGAGAUACACUGAGAAGCAGAGCAAGAACAAGAAGAAAGCAUUGAGUUGUCCCCAAAUGACUUCUGAACACACCAGAAAGAAACACAUCCAGGUGGUAAACCGUAUGAUUUCUUCUGACUCUGUUUCGUCUUCUACCAGUCAUUUCUGGAGCUCAAGCUCUACCCUUUGCGACAAACAAAAUGUACAUAUGUUAAACAAGGGCGUGCAAGCAGGAAACGUGGAGAUUGUGAAUGGUUUAAAAAAAAACACUCGAGAUGUUGGGGUGAUUUUCCCAACUCCAAGUUUUAGUGAUGUUAAAGUGGAAGAGGACAGUGAUGUGACUUCUUGGUCAGAAGAAAAAGUAGAAGAAAAGCUCCUUACCAGAAAUCUUGGAGACAAAAAGUUAAAGAAGAACAAACAGAGUUGCUGUGAAGAAGUUUCAUGGUUUGUUCCUGUGGAAAAUGUGAAGUCUGGUCCUAAGAAGGAGAACUUCAAUCAUCGUGGCCCUGGUAUCGCCUGGUUUGCACCAAUAACCAACACCAAACCCUGGAGGGAACCACUGCGGGAGCAGAACUGGCAGGGCCAGCACACGGCCAGCCACAUGUCACUAGCAGGCCCAGGCAGGAGCCCACUGAAGCCAUUGGUGAAAGCAACCUUACAGGAAUCACUUCUGUUUCACAGACCUGACUUCAUCUCCCGCUCUGGGGAGCGGAUAAAACGCCUGAAGUUAAUAGUCCAGGAGAGGAAGCUACAGAACGUGUUACAAAGUGAGCGGGAGACGCUGUUCAACACUGGGCGAGAAUGGCAGGGCCAGGGGGACUCCGUGCACCUGUUUUCUAAGAGAGGUUUCCUGGCUGCCCAGAAGUAUAAGCCUGUUGGAAAGAAGGAAAUGAUUCAGAGGUCUAAACGGAUUUAUGAGCAGCUUCCAGAAGUACAGAAAAAGAGAGAAGAGGAAAGGAGGAGAUUGGAAUAUAAGUCGUACCGGUUGCGAGCCCAGCUGUAUAAAAAGAAAGUGACCAAUCAACUCUUGGGGAGAAAAGUUCCCUGGGACUGACAUAAGAUUAUUUUCUUCAGAGCCGUGGAAUUUUAUUUUAUCAACCUGAAGAAGCGUAACCCUUAGUUUUUGAGUCUGGUUCAAUAAAGCAAACUCUUUGUCCAUGUGUAAUUUAGAAGUAGUAACCUUCUAAAGAGUCCGGGCACAGUGGUAAGAUUAUUAAUGUUUUGGGAGCAAUACUUUCUUUACAGUGGCCUUGCCCACAGGAGUGUUUGUUAUAACAUUAUUAUUUCUUAUUCUAGAUAAGAGUCCCUUUUUGUUUGUGUUCUUAUACUUUUAGGAAAUAAAUAACUUCUUUUUUUUAUAUUCU